AGAACCUCCUCCUGAAAUCCUCCUUCCCCUCAUUGCUAUCCCCCCAGGCUAUCUCAAGGCAGCAGCUCACCCCAUCGUAGAACCUCUGGUUUGAGGCCCCAUCUCCACUUGCAGGGUAAUAAUUAACUGCGAUUUUUUUCCCCACCUCUUCUUUUAAAUGCUCAGACAUAGUGAAAGUGAAACAGUGCCGAGUCUUUUCCAGAGAUCAAACAGGUGAAGGUGCUGGAGCCCUUGGGCAGGUGCGGACAGGCCUUUUUUCCCUCUUUUAACAGCCCUUUUCAGAGAGUAAAGGAGGAUGGAGAGCAGCACCAUUCCCAGAGGGAGCCUCUCGGCCAGCACGUGUGCAAGGGAUGGUGCCCCAGUCAGCUGAGGUGGGUGAGCUGGCCCAGACCUCUGUCCUGCAGAGCUCCUCACCUGCCAUUGCAUCCACACUGGAUUUCCUGCAGCAAACAGCUGCUCUCAGUUUCGUGGAUCACACCUGUGCUAUCCCAGCUUGCUGAAGAGGGGAUCACUUCACUCAGUACUGGGUGAUUGUCAUCAACCUGUUUGGCAAACCUCCCCUUGAAAGACAAGAUAAAUAGAAAUAUGGAGUUAGACACAAGGAGUGUGACCUCAGAACCAGCCUCUCCAAUGAACAGUCCAGAGAAGGAAAAGAUGGAAGUCUCUUCUGAACUGAGCAGCCCAGAUUCACAGAGGAGGGACAAUGGGUUCUUUGAAAGAGGUAUUAAAACAGUGUUAAGCAUCCGGAAAUCAAAACGAAGUCUGAAAAAAGAAAGAAGGAAGGAAGAUACUGGCACUUGGAAUGCGAAAAGACUUCUGCAAACACUCAUGAGCCAUGAGGAGAACAAACCCACAAUCAGUAAUAGCGUGGAGAAGAUUGUUGAAAUAUGUGAGCCCAUUGAAGCAAAACCUCUUUCAGUAAUGGAAAUCCAUGAACUUAUUCAGAAAAGACAACUUUUGGAAGCAUUUGCAAGUAUCAAGUUAAUGGAAGAUGAGACUAUCUCAGAACGGGAUUCUGAGAAAUACAGUGAUAACCCCCAGGAGUUUGUACGGAAAUCCAAGGAUGUGGAUUUGCUUUAUAACUCCAUCACAAAUGCAAUCCAGUCCAUAGUGGAGGGAACACUGGAGGAUCCCACUUUACAGCACACCCUGCUGACCUCCAUGGUGACUUUAAUAGCCCGUGAGGAAGCAGCUCAUCCCAACACAGACAAUGCUUCUCAUCCUGGGUCAGAUUUGCUCGGCAGGCCCAGAAAGUGGAGGGAGAAGUGGAGGGAAGCUAUCAACGAGAGUGCAAGAAAAAGAGUCCUGAUGGCACCCAUGGCAUCAAGGGAAGAAGCAACUUCAUGGCUUGAUCGCCACUUACAUUUCCUCCAGGAAAACCUGAGGGCAGAUUUACUGAAAAUCAAGUCAUCGGUAAAAAAAUGCUAUCCAGAGGAGUACCAGGUGUGUGACACAUAUGUGGAAGCUUUUCACAAUGCCAUUGCCUCACAUUUGCAAGAACUCUCCCAGGGACCACUGGACUUCCACGAGCUCUACACCUUGCUUGACUGGGUGGCCAACACCUACCACAGUGAACUCUUUCUGGGUCAUCCUGAGCUCAAACCAGAGGUUAAGACAGAAAACCUGUCCUUGCUGUUAACACCAGCUGAUUGGGAUAAACUGAAAAACGACUACAUUGCUUCUGCAAAGGGGAAAAUCAAAAGUUAUUUUGGAAACAUCCUGAGACUAGAGGUCACGGAGAAGUGGGAGAAGGAAGUUCAUUCAGAAGAGAAGGAAAACCUCUACCACGACUCACUCUCUUUUGAUAUUCAAACGAUCAUCGGGCAGCACGUGAAGUUAUCUGGAGCUAUCAGCAGAAGCUUGGAAACAAAAAUGCUCGAGUUAUGCAUGGCAGAGCUGCUUGAAUUCAUAUCAAGGUUUGAGCAGGAGUUCAUGGCGUGGAGCACUGCCCAGGACAGCCCCAUGUUUGUGCCCUAUCUUGUUGCCUACAUCAACAGCUUCCAUGACCUGAUGUCAGGGUUAGAAACAGCAUUUAAAGUCAAUACUGAAGAACUGCAGAAGAUUCUGGCAACUCUGACAAGGAACUUCACAAACAUUUUUUUAACAAAAUUAAGAACAAAAGCACAGCCACUUCUUAAGAAAAUUCUGACCAAGAACUGGAUUUUGGCGACGGAAAGGCCAGACUCGCUGGCGUUGGCAGUCUCGCAGUUCUCCAAGCACCUGCAGCACAUGAGGGAGCCCCUGGGGCAGGAGCUUCUGCAUGAAGUUCAUAAAUACGUGGUGAAGGAAUAUGUCACACAGGUCAUCAAACCCAGAUGGAAAAUGAACAGGGACACACGUCAGGAAGUGAGCAGAAAGAUGAGCCGGGAAGCUUCAAUCAUUCACAAUACACUCAUUGAUCAGGGCUCUGACGCUGACUGGCUCCUCCCUGCCAUCAGUCACAUUGCCAAUAUCAUUGGGGAGAAGAAAAAAGACAAGAUCAAAGCCUAUGUCAAGGAGCUGUGCCAGGACUAUCCAGAUAUCAGGAAGGAGCACGUCCAGGCCAUCCUGGCACUCCGGGGGCUGGGCCGUGCCAGAAGAGCGGCGAUUUUUCGGCAAGUGCGCCAUGCACAGGAGAGCUCACACAGAGGGGAGGGCAGCACACUCUUCGCUGAAAUUGAUGUUCCAGUAGUCAUCAGCUGCUUCUAACACAGCACCAAAGUCAGCAUCCUGCCUCCUCCUACACUGCCUCUACACAUGAUCCAAAAUCUGUUAACACCCCCUACUCCUCUGCAAACCCAAAUUGUUGACUGCUGUGGAGAAAGGAGUAGUUUCCUGAACUUGUACCCCAAGUUCAGAACCCAAAGGCAACAGAUGCACCAAGACACCAAUCUCCUGUAAGAGUUCCUGGGCAGCAGCUCCAGCCUGGGCACAGUGUCCACCUCAUGUUCCAUAUGGAUUCUAUUGCUAGGAGGCUGUUCCACUCUUUGGUACAAGACUGAAUGUAUUUUCAAAGAACAUAAAAGAAAAAAAAUCAAAAAUCAAAAGCGGUUCCAUCAGAGCUAUAUUAAGGCCUCAGUGCUAUAUUAAGGCUUGGACUGUGCUCUGCACAAUUAUACAGCAGCAGAGCAAGAGCCUCCCUCAUAAUUAGUGCCCAUGAGCAACCGAGGGGCAGAGCUUGGGCAGGGAUGUGGUAGCAUCCAAGUUUUAUUUCCUCCCCCACAAACCAGCAGGCUGAGAUGGCAGGACACAAGGUCAUGACGCUGUGACCUGAGGCCACAAACCACUACCUGCCUGGGGAGGAAAACUGGGUAACCAAACCCCAUGGCCAGGACACGCAGCACAUGGAACACUCUUCUCUCCAGGGUGGCCCCCGUGGCCCCUCUGGCAUUUCAGCAGAUUUUUCUCAGUCGAGGGCUGCAUUGCAAAACUCCUGUUGGACUGAAGAUCUCUUCAUGCCAUCACAUCCCCACGUGUACAGACAUGCCUGGAUUGGAUAUGCCAUGUGGAGGGAGGCUCCAGGUUCUCCUUGACCUGGGGAAAGUGCCACCCAAGAAAAUGCCUCUGGUCCAUUUUCUCGUGUGCUUAAAUGCAUUUUAACAAAUCUGUUACAAUCUGACUGCAGUAUGAAACCAAGUGUGAGGUGGACAGACAGUGCUACAUAGGAGAUCCUCAUCUGGUGUAAACCAGCAUCAUCCCAUAGAUGGGCAUGGAUCACCAUAGGUUUAACUCCACAAAGGAUCCCCAGCAUCUGCAGGGGAGACUGAAGGAGACAUUCAGCAGCCUAAAGCUGUAUAAAUCUGAUUUUAUUUAAUUCAAUUUAUCCUUUUGGUUGCCCUCCACAGGAUUUAAUCUAAGACUUUACAAAGAUGUGUUUAUGAUCUAUUAAAAUUAUAAAUGUGGACAUGGCAUAGCCUUGAACACUAUCUUUUCUGGCAACAGAGCUUACAGCAUCAGCAAUCUCUUGUUUCCUUUGAUUUGAGCUGCACCAGUAUGAAUUUCAGCCUGGGUGAGCAGCAGGUGCUGGUGACAGGCCAAGGGAAAUGUUCUGAUGGCUAAAGAAGCACAGAGUGCACCUUUAAUUCACAAUCAUCAUAUGAAAAUUUUUCUAAGGUAGACUUGUUACCUCCACAGUCAAGAUAAGGUGUUUUUCUAAAGAUAGCUUUGAAAUAUCAGUUAUAAAUUGAGAGCUUGAAGCAGGAAAUCCUGGAAGAAAUUUCUACCCUGCAUCAUUCUUCAAUAUAUUUCAUGAUAUUUGCCACAAACCCUCAGCUUGAUGACUCACUGUAUUUGCUAUGGAGAAGUAAAAUAUCAUCUGAUUUUCCCACUAGGUGUGCAGAACACAUGAACACUUCAGAGCUCCCUUCCCCUGUCCUGGGGACAUGGUGUAAGCAGGGAGCCCUGUGAUUACAUCCCCCGUGGGUCUGUGAGCUACAUUUCCCCUCCCAGCAGCAGGGAAGGGCAUCAGUGCUGAGAGACUUACAUUUAUUGUUAGAAAGAUUGACUGAGUGGGAGAGAUACAAAGAGGAUUUUGACUUUUGCAAGGUAGGUCUGAGACUUCUAAAACUGCACUCCUGGAGUGCAGGAUUUGAGACACUGAAGCUUCAGCAAGAGAUUUCGUGCAUCAGAAAUUUCCCUCUGUAUGCACCUCUCAUCCAAGCAUCUCAUGCAAGGCAGCUGUGGCAUUUUCCCAAGUGCAUUAUUUAAAUGUAUACUGGAGUUUUCAAUCUCAUUUUUUACUGGCAGACCCUCCACAAAGCAACUGCCUUUCCUCGGGCUCCAGCUGCUGGUCCCUGGGAUUAGAUAAGUGCUCGGUUUCCGUUUCCUAAUAAAAGCAAGUUGCUCCCCUGAAGUCAUGGAGGAAAGCUGGGCACAAUGGUCUGCCUUUUGUCACAGCCUCUCCUGGGACACUCAGAUCCUGCAGCCUGGCAUCCUGUGAGUGAGUGGCAGGCACACAGCCAGCUUCCUCUGGGAGCUGCUGCUCUCCGGCUGCUUGCUCUUGAGCAAACCAGUUUAAGGUUAAUGCCAUUAUGGCAAGGCCGUGGUUCAGCCCUGCCCCAGCAGUUGUGCAAGUGGAGAGGGGCUCCAGGAUAGGUGAGGAGCAGGGAUGCCUCUGGGCAGGGGGAUGCUCGAUCUGGGCUGCAGACCAGACCCUGGAGCCAGAUGAGCAAGAGAUAUGCUUUCCAAAAGGAGCUGCUGCUGACCAGCUGUCUUCUGUGGAAGACCCAGUGUUCAUUACAACCAUAUUUCACAUUCCAAAAAAAAAACAGAAGAAAGGCCUCCCAGGGCUUUGAAAUGUGGAAGAUGCAGCUCUUGUAGGAAAGGGCUCAAUUAUUACCCUGUUAAUUCCUUCUGCUUGUUGUUUCUCUGUGCAGAAAAACACCAUCAUCCCUAUUCCUAUCCCAGCACGGAGUUACAUUCCCUCCAGGACACACUUCUCACUUUUACCCCAAAUCUGCUACUACGUGCAGGUAUAUCUCUGGUGAAUAAUGCUGUCUCAAAAGUGUCAAACUAAAUGAAAAAGCCAAACUCUCUCCAGACUUUGCUUCUCAGGAGUGAAUGUUGCAUUUGGGAUGUGGGGGGGAGGCAGAUCUGGCACAGCUGACAGUGCUGUGUGGGUGGUGAAAUAUAGGGUUUUUUGUUUCAGAGGUCUCUAAUGUUUCACAAUACUGUUUGUUUCUGGUUUGGGGUGAAAAGCAAAGGCCAGUGACAGCAGCCACGGUGCAUGAGCUGGCAUUUGCCCUCUGAGACCAACCAUGCAGUGCCACCAUUUCACCAAUUUUGCUCUGUGAAGUUGUUCUUUCCUGGAAGGAAGAUAUAGGAAACACUCACUUGAAGCAAGAAAAGAAGAGUACCAAGACAUUGCAAUGAAUGCCCAGGAGGCUGUCCCUCAGCAGGGGAUCAUAAUCAAUAAAUUGACAUGUCAAAAUAUUCCUGAAAAGAGCCUUUUAGUGCAGCACCACUAUAAUGUUUAGUUCCCUGUCACGUGGUGUCUUUCAGAAAGGAUUUCUCAGUUGGUUUAAAAUAUUAAGGAUGAUCAGUAAGAAGAGGAAUGGUAUAUUACAUCCACUUUACAGGCUGGGUGAUGUGGUGUGACACCAUUCCAGCAUACACAGCUGGGAUGACAAGAGGUGCCAGGGCAUUAUAAUCUCAGGGAUGGCUGAAAAGUAAAGCCAUAUUAGUUUUAGGCUUCACUGCUUUAGUAGUUAUAUAUCACACUUCUCCAAAGUACCAGUGUUUAGCAAACAUUUAUCUUCUGUAUUUUGCAUCAUUCUCCAUGAAUGGCAGUCAGUCAUUUUGGUUCUUUGGUACUGGGCAGAUAACUGUGCAUUUCCAUACCUUGAGGGCAAUUUUAUGUAAUAUUGCUAAUGGCACCAUGUGUUACUGCUGGGAUUGGCCCACCUCCCCCAUAAAACCUGAGCAAGAGAGCAGUCAGGUUGCUGGAGCUUUGAUUUAAACUAUUUGGUAUAGCUGUUACAGCAAAAAGACAACACUGGGAAAAGGUGAAGACUGAUGUACACUGAUAGGGAUUAAAAGUGGAUUAACUUUUUAAAAAUUACUACCACUUUCUCCAGUCCCAGCUUGAGGACACUGAGCACAUGAACUUUGCCUGCCUGCCUUCAUCCCUGUCACACAGAGCACUGCAAAUGGCCUCUAAUACUCUUCCAAUGCAGUACUUUCAAUUUGUGUUUGUAAAUUCAUACCACACCAUCAGAAUAUUUUCCCAGAAAAGAAUAUGUAAGGCAGACAAAACUCUGGGAAAAGGCUGUUGUAGUAUUUCUGCAUCUUCAUAUACCUCAAAUCUUGAACUGUCAGUGUAAGGCUUUCCUACAAGCUGCACAGAGAUUGUAGCUCUUGCUAAAUGAGGCAGAAAGAGUGAAUUACAGAUUCAAGGGAGCCUCUAAGUCCCAAGAUAUUUGACCAGGCAUAGUUUAUGUUUGGCCAGGCAUGAAAUUGUGCCUGGCAGCACGAGUAGGCCCAUAGCCUGAGCUCCAUAAUGAGUGCGGGACUGAGGACAUGCCAUGGCUUCAUUAGAGGAUGCAGGAUUAUGCCUUGAUUCCCAGGACUGUGGGGAGACUGGCAUCAGGCGAGACAGAACUGCUUUUGUUGGAACAGUGCUACACAAGUGCAGAAAAAGCAAACCAAGCCAGAAGGCAGAAAGGCUGCACUCAGCCCCUGGGAAGGGGACAGCAAACUGGGACAGCAGCUGGGAAAGAGAGGCUGAGAAUCAGAAGAAAGCCCAGAAAACAGGAAUGAUUUCACAAAUUGGAUUCACAGAGAAAGAAAGCUCUGCUUAAUAUUGGAUAGUGCAGAGCACUGACCUUCAACAUUUUUCUGUCUAUGGACUAAGGAAGUACUUCCAGGGGAGGCACAGAACACAGAUGUGGUAUUUGUCUUUCAGUUGGUUAAAAAAUGGCUGCAAAAGGGAAGGAAUGUGCUCCUCUCCAUGUUCUGUAGGGGUCAGGCACAGAGCAGCUUCUACUGAAGUAAGUAGAUCCAAGUUAGCAGCAAAACCACCAUUACUGCUGGCAGGGCUGGACUGCUGAGGACAGCAUGUCAUCCCUAGCAUCAGAGGCUUUCACAGAAUCACAGAAUGGUGAGAAUUGGAAGGGAUGCCAGGGAUAACUCAUUCUGAUCCAUCUGCCAUGAAUGGGGACACCUUUCAUUAGACCAGAUGGCUCAUAUUCAACAGCACUUUGUAGUGAAGCACAUCAUGGACAGAACUGAAAUGAAGGGAAAAUCAAACUUAUGACAGAAGUCAGGCACCUUGAACAAGGCACAAAGUGCUGGGGAUCAUUCCUGAGUGAGGGAGCUCACAACUUUUCAAUGCUUUUUUCCAAAACUCGGGGGAAAAGUAUUUCCUGAAAGAACUGUGCUAUGAAUAGAAGCUCAUUGAGUGGGUAAGAGGCAAUAAUGGAAUUAAUCAUCAGGGAUUCAUGAGGAGGCAUAAGGCCAAAAGUCUGGUGGCUUUUGUCUCCAAAAGCACGUCAUACACUCGUGGACCGUCAUCCUCCCCUCAUAGCCCCUGCGAGAGUGCAGGAAUGAAUUGCUCAUGCUUUCAUCUUGAGAGCUCUUCAAACAAACGGGUCUUGAGCCUCCAAAGCACCAGCAAAAGCCCACGGUGCCUCUUUCCCUCAGUGAUCUCAAGGCUGAAUCCAUGCUGUGCCUUGCUAAGCAGCUGUUAGUCACUCUCUGGAACAAAGAGCAUUCUCCAGGAUGAUGGGAGCACUGUCUGUGAGCAGACGUGGAGAGAAACAACAGCCCAAAGGCCAGGCUGGAUUUGCCUGUGGUAAGAUGUUCUCCCAGCAAGCUUGGGAAGGAGCUGUUAUUUAGAAGCACCACAUGGAAUUCCACAUGUGACAUUUCAGCACUGCCUGCAGGGAGGAGGCUGAACCUGAAUGCACCAUUUCCUCUGCUUUUAGCCCUGACUCUUGGAUCUGGGAUUUCUCACUUCCACCAAAAUGUCUUUUGCAAGUGAUUAAAUAGUGAGAAAGCUCAA